CUAAUACGAAACCAAAGUAAAAAUAUUUGAAAUGAGUCAGAAUCAAAUUGAAAGCAGACAACUUCAUUCUGGCGUCAAAUGUUACAAAUCAACGAGAACAGUAUGUUAUGUAAAGCCACCCCAGUCGAGUUGGAGCUGUCAUCGAAAGCAGAUCGUAAGCAAACGGCACGUGUUUAUACGUUUUCAAUCAUCAUUCGCGCACAAAUCGGCGGAAUUUCUUGAAUGUUUUUCUGAGCCACGAUGAAUCCGUAUCAAGCUAAAGGGGCUUUAGGUGGAAGAGCCAAGCGCAUAUACCAACGCAAAGGAAGACACUCACAACUUGUGAGUCACAAGUCAAAAUCAAAGAAGAAGUUGAUGUGAAAGUGGAGCCAGGAGAUGGUGUUGAUCUGAUUGCAUACCCACCGUUGUCACCAUUAUCACCAGUUGAAGCCGGCACUAUGAUAAAAUCGGAAAGCGAAAGUGAUGCUGAGUAUGUGCCAUACGAUGCUGACUAUGUGAAGGACGAGAUCAAAUCGGAGGAAGAGGAAUGUUUGAAGAAAAAGCACGAUGAAGCACCGAAGGCAAGCUCAAACGAAGGUGCAAGUGAUGGUCCAAUUGGUGAAGAUUUAUGCGAUGAAAGAUCAAACUCAAGCUGCAAUCGUGAACAGCAUGCAAAAACGAAGAAGCCAAAAGGCGGAAAAUCAAAGGGUUCCAAGAAACCAUCGAAUGGUCGAGCCUCCAUUGGACAGAAAAAGCACAAAUGUCAUUUCUGUGAUUAUGUGACAAAUCAAAAAUCAAAUCUCACAACACACAUUCGAAGGCAUACGGGCGAAAAACCCUUCGAAUGCGAAGUAUGUGCCAAGGCUUUUGCACACAAGAUGAAUUUGAAUCGCCAUAAGAAAAUCCACGGUCCAAAACUUCCAUUUCGUUGUUUGAAAUGUGGUCAUCGAUUCGCUGAAGAAGCCGGAAAACAAACUCACGAGAAUGGAUGUAACUCUCGACGAUAUGUAUGCUAUCUCUGCGAAUACAAAUCCUUCGUAAAUAGUAGUUUGAAGCAUCACAUGCGAUUGAAACACACUGAUGAUAAACCAUUUCAAUGUGCUAAUUGUGGAAAGAAGUUCAUUCACAAAGGUAAUUUCAAACGACAUUUGGCAAUACAUUCCAAACCACGCUCAUAUCGUUGCACACAAUGUCAUCGACCAUUUGCAAAGGAAGACGAUAAGGAUCAACAUCAAGUGCAAUGCAAACGUCGUGGCUAUCAAUGCUACCUUUGUAAAAAGAAUUUGCUACAAAAAACAAACUUGAAACGUCAUAUGCGUAACCAUCACACAGGAGAAAAACCAUUUCCAUGCCAAUUAUGUGAUGCUCGUUUCUCACUACUUGAUACUGUCAAUCAACAUAUGAAGAAUGUUCACGGUGCAAAGAAUUGAUUGAUUCAUCCACUUUAAACCAUUUGAAAUCAGUCGAUAAAGCAAAUUUGUUUUGAAAAUAUUUUUCCAAUCUUCAGAUAUCAAAUCCGAAAAGAAUCUUCACUCGUAACUAUAUACUUAAGAUUGCUAAACCACAGAAUGAAUUGAAAUAGAUUGAAUUUAGUUAAAUUUACAUAAAAUUAUUUAAUUGAAAAUAGAAGAAUGGAAUUAGAACACAAGCAUUUUAUAAUUAGUAAAAAUUAAAAAAGGCAUUUAUUUGGAACGCAUUGAAUUAAAAAAUAAAGAAAUUUGGCAUACA